AUGGCUUCCGCCAACGUCGCCCUCGUGCCCUCGCCGGCAUCCUUCAACGGCGCUCCGUUCCUCUCGGAGCUGCCCGAGAUGCCCAACUUGCCCGGCACCGAUAUCAAGCGCGCUCCCCUCGACAGCUUCCGAAUCGCUAUCGCGCAGCACGUCUCUUCGUCGCUUGGCGUUGAUAUCAACGCUGCUCUCGCCGCUGUCGGAACCGGCAAGAUCGGCGACUACACCGUCGCUGUUCCUCGAUUCAAGCUUCCCGGCAAGCCUCAGGAGAUCUCGGAAAAGGCGGCCGCCGCUUUCCAGCCCAACGAAUUCCUUGCCACAGUCGAGGCAAAAGGCCCUUUCCUGCAUUACUUUCUGAACAACAAGACGCUCAUCAAGCUCACCCUCCAGACCGUCCACGUCAUGACCCACGGCUAUGGCGCUCCUCGAGACGAAAACGGCAACACCCAGCCAAGCUACGGCACAAACCGCGAUGGUGAGGGCAAAAACAUCAUCGUCGAGUUCUCCUCGCCCAACAUCGCCAAGCCCUUCCACGCAGGUCAUCUGCGAUCCACCAUCAUCGGAGCCUUCCUGUCCAACCUGUACAAGGCCAACGCGUGGAACGUGCAAAAGUACAACUACCUCGGCGACUGGGGCAAGCAGUUUGGUCUUCUCGCUGUCGGAUGGAAGAUGUUCGGCGACGAGCAGAGGUUGCAGGACGACGCUGUCAACACCUUGUUUGACGUGUACGUUCGAAUCAAUCAGCUCGCCAGCGUGGAGGAGGACGGUAAAGGUGAAGCGAUCCACGACGAGGCUCGACGAUACUUUAAGGGCAUGGAGGACGGCGACGAAGAGUGUCUCGCUCUCUGGCAAAAGUUCCGCGACCUCUCCAUCAAGAAGUACAUUGAAGUGUACGAGCGACUCAACAUCCACUUCGAUGUCUACUCGGGAGAAUCGCAGGUCACCAAGGAGAACCUCGCCAAGUCGCUCACCCAGCUCCGAACCUGCGACUUUGUCACCAAGGAAGACAACGGCGCCACGUUGGCCGAUCUGACCAAGUACAAGCUCGAAAAGGCCGUCAUCGAGCGCAAGGACGGCACUCCGCUCUAUAUCACCCGUGACAUCGCCGAGGCUGCCCAACGAUUCGACAAGUCGUUCGACGGUAACGGUUUCGACAAGAUGAUCUACGUCGUCGCCUCGCAACAGGAUCUGCACCUGGCGCAGUUCUUUAAAGUUUUGGAGUUGAUGGGCUACCCUUGGGCGCAGAAGGAAGCCACUCGAUUGCAGCACAUCAACUUCGGAAUGAUUCUCGGCAUGUCCACCCGAAAGGGAACCGUCGUCUUCCUCGACAACAUCCUCGACGAGACGCGAGACAAGAUGCACGAAGUCAUGAAAGCCAACGAGGCCAAGUACGCCCAAGUCGAGAACCCCGAACGCACCGCCGAUAUCGUCGGUAUGACUGCCGUCAAGAUCCAGGACAUGGCGUCGAAGCGUAUCAACAACUACAACUUUGACUGGAACCGAAUGCUCAGCUUCGAGGGUGACACCGGUCCGUAUCUGCAGUACAACCACGUUCGAUUGUGUUCGGUGGAACGCAAGGCGAAGGAUUCGGACGGACUGGAACUGCCUACGGCCGAUCUGGAUCUGGCUUCCAUCAAACUGGAUCUGAUCACCGAGCCAAAGGCUAGGGAUCUGAUCAUGCUGAUCGCACAGUGGCCCGACACCGUCAAGGCGGCGAUGAAGGAUCACCAACCGUCGACGAUCGUGACGUAUGCGUUCAGGUUGACCCAUCUGAUCUCGAGCUGUUGGGAGUUCCUGUUGGUCAAGGGUCAGGAGACGGAUUUGGCGUUGGCCCGUCUGUUUGUCUUCAGGUGCUGCAAGGAUGUUCUGGGCUCGGCGCUUAGGUUGCUCACCAUCACUCCGUUGGAGAGGAUGUAG